AGAAUCUGGAGUGAAGGUGAAUCCAUAAAAUAUAAUAGAAUCUAAAUUUUUCUUAUUGUAAUAGUAUCUCAAUCUACUGCUGACAUCUAUGGGAACUAACAUCUAAUGAUACAUUCUGGUCAAACCUAGUGAUUCACCGUUGAAUACCAUUUUGGCUACAAUCACUAGACUCAAGGAAAACUGUAGUUUAAGCGUUUUAUUAUAAAAUGUUGAUCAACGAAAUUCCCGAUGAUUGUUUGCUCGCCAUUUUUGAUCAUCUGAACAGCCUGGAAGAUUUAGUAAACUGCUAUAAGGUGUGCGUUAAAUGGAGCUAUUUAAUUGCUGUGCGGACUAAAAAAGUAAAAUAUUCGUUAUUCAAUGAGCGUGUUUAUUCCUCUGAUGCUGUUUAUUAUCGAGAACUGUAUAAGAUUGAUUCAACCUGUCUGAGUAAAUUAUUUACAAAUUUAACAAUUGUUGAAUUGUCUAUUAAUUUGAAGCCAACAUACGAAGAUGCUAUUGAAUUUGUUAAAAAACUGGAAUUUUUGAAAGGAUUAAUCAAUCAAAUUGAUUUACCAAUAGAAAAAUAUUGUGAUCAACUUGAAAUGUUAUCUGUCGAAUAUUUCAAUCCAAACAAUUUAAGAAAUGGUUCCAGCAUAAAGCAAUUGGACAUUUGGAAUUAUAGUCUAGAUUUUUUGAAAAAAGAUGCCCAUUAUUUGCCAAACCUUGAAAGACUAAAGAUUCAAAUUUAUUCUCCAGACUAUUUCUACGAUGGUCCAGUAUUGGAAAAGCUCAAAAUACUUGAGCUGUCUUUCCAUGCUCCCUGGGAUAGUAUCAUUUUUUAUGGUUUCAAGUUGAUGGAUUUAUGUCCAAAUUUACAAAGUGCACAUAUUUGCAUGGCCGCUAAUACUUAUUUUUUCGAUGGGACAUUGAAACACAAAUGUUUGCAAGAUUUAGUUUUACAAUUUUCUGAAUUCUAUAAUGGAAUUACUACCAGCACACGGGUUGGAAACGAAAACGAUUUAAAACGAUUGCUUAUGAAAUACCCGAACCUCAAACAUCUUGCGUUGAGGGACGCUUGGAGAAUAACAGAAGAACAUAUUGAGCAAUUGUUUCACAUUUUGCCCAAUUUAGUGGUAUUGGAUGUUAGAAAGUGCUACGAAGUCACUCAAGAAGCUGCCGAUUAUGUUAAAUAUUAUUGUAAAAGAUAUGGACGAUCAAUCAAAUUUUACUUCGAUGGGAAUGAACAUGAAAUCGAAUCAGAUUGGCCUCAAUCAUCCAUUAAACACGAAACAAUAAGUCUAGGCUUUGAUUUCAUGAAAAAUUGCUUCUUCAGACAGCAUGACUUCCUUCCAAAUUUUUUGAUUCCGAUUGAUUAUUGAAAACUACUUAUUAAAUUGUAUUUGUUAUUUUGUAGCUUGGAAGCCCAUUCGAAGAGUUUCAACUUAAUCUUUAUUAUUCAUCCACUUUAUUUUGCGAUCUAUUUUUCUAAUGAAUAUUAUCAAUUGUCUAACCUAAAGAAAUGUCUUUGUGGUCAAAGGAUUACAACUUUAGAUCCUUAGAUAACUUUCAUCGAGGUUUCAAAAAUAAUGUUGAUAGGUAAAAAAAGAUUGUAGCUGUUUCUAAAUAAAAUAAUAAUUUAUUCGAUUGCUUUUGAGAUAGAUUGGUCUAAAAACGUUUGACUGGAUUUGUUUGAUUAAAAAUUGUUAUGGUUCAAGAUAUUUCAAUGCAAUUUUAAAGUAAAACAUGAUUAGACUAAAAUUUGAAUAAAGGCAACAAUUUUCAGUACACUAGUAAUCAGGGUUAAGUUAACAAAAUCGGCAAUUUUUUCUGACUUCUAGUGUACACAAAGACCUUUCAGAUAAUUAUUGCAAUAAGCUGUGAUGAUUAUUCAUUCAUUUCAUUUCAAGAGUAUUCAUAAAAAAAAUUAUCAGCCACAUAUGUAAGCAUUCAUGGGCGUGAAGUUGAACACCAUUAUCUAAUAGGCCUUCGUAUGCACAGUUGAAGCAACGCAAACAAAUCAUUUGCCAUAAUUUGUACAAAUUAAAUAAUUCUGCAUAAACAUUUGUCUAUUAUUAAUUCAUUUUUCAUGAACCUGAUGCAAAUCAACAGUUUGUCAUUGUUUACAUUUCUCUUGACAUGAGUGAUUUAUGUUAGGUAUUGAGAUCCGUGGUUAGGAAAGAUCCGUUUUUUAUUUGAUCAUUAGCUUUUGAUAUCCGCUCUAGCAU